AUGGGAACUCCUGGCGUGGAGUCUGGGAGCCCUCGUCCGGCGGCGGAAGGCACGCCGCCGCACCCCGGGAUCUGGGGUUCAGUCGAGGCUCCCCAAGAGUCCCCCUGCGACCCCGUUCCCCUCCCCCAUCGCCGCGUCCACAAACCUGCAAACCCCGCCGCUGCAGCGCCGGACGCGGCUGGCCCCACCCCCACCCGGCUUCGAUUGGCUAUGGGAACGGUCUCUCAGCGCAACCUGGCAGUCACCAAGGUGCUCACGGACUACCUACGGAGGAUCCAACGAGAAGCCAGAAGCAUGGCGGGAAAGGCCUUAAAAAAGUCUUCCCUCCCUGGGGUGAGCAUCCGGCAGCUGGUAGAAGAGAUCCCAGAAGGCUGCAGCACACCAGACUUUGUGCAGAAGCCUGUCACCUUGGCUCUGCAGGAAGGAAAAAAUGCCAUCUUUCGGGCAGUGGUCUGUGGGGAUCCCAAACCUGAGGUGCACUGGCAGAAUGCCAAAGGAGAGCUGCACAACUCCAGCAAGUACCAGAUCUCUUCUGCCCCUGGUAGCAAGGAGCACGUGCUACAGAUCAACAAGCUGACGGGAGAGGACUCAGACCUGUACCGCUGCACAGCAUUGAACAUGUAUGGAGAAGCCAUGUGCUCAGUCAGGCUCACAGUCAUCGAAGUUGGCUUUCGGAAGAACCGGAAGAGGCAAAAGGAACCCCAGGAAGACCUCAGAAAGGAGUUGGUGGACUUGAGGAAGAUGCUGAAAAAAAGGGCCCCACCUCCAGCCCCUGAGAAAAAGAUGGAGUCAGAUCAGGUAUGGCAGCUUCUGAUGACCGCAGACCGGAAGGACUAUGAGAAGAUCUGCAUGAAGUACGGCAUUGUUGACUUCCGGGGCAUGCUGCGUAAGCUGCAGGAGAUGAAGAAGGAGCAAGAGGACAAGAUGGCGCAGUACGUCAGUGCCGUCUCCAACCUGAGACACAUCAGAGUCACCAAGGAGGGAGUUGCCACAUUUGACCUGGAGCUGGAUCUCAAGGACCUUCAGAGCAAGAUUUAUUUGUAUAAGGAUGGUGAGAUGGUCCCCUUCGGCUUCGACAAUCAGACCAAACACUGUCUGCGACGGCUGGGGAAACGCUACCAAUUCCAGAUCCAGGACCUGCGGCCCGAGGACGCCGGCCUGUACCAGGUCAUGGUGGAGGAUGUCGUGGUCUUCUCCACUGAGCUCGAGGCCCGCACCAUCCCCCCCAGAGUGCUGGUCCCUCUGGCUGAGGCCCACUGUGAGGAGCAGGGAGAUGCAGUUUUUGAAUGUACUCUCUCCAACCCCUGCCCCAACGCUACCUGGCGUUUCCAGCAUCGGCCAUUGAAGCCCAGUGACAAAUAUGAAGUCUCUGUGUCCCCUGAUGGGCUGACUCACCGGCUGGUGGUGAGAGGGGCCUGUAUCCCAGACAAGGGCCUCUAUUCACUGGAUACUGGGCUCUACAUCUCCAGUGCCUGGCUGGUGAUUGAAGCUGGGACAGAUAAAGACCCUCAGACCACACGUGCUGACCACCGGCUACAGAGCCGGAGAGGUGCCAAAGAGGACGGACAUGGUGUCUAUGGCAAGGGGAAGGAUGCCAGCCAGAGCCCCAGAUCCAGAUACAAAACCAGCCCUGGCAGUUCUUCUACACAGGCCCGAGGCCCCAUGAGCCACUUCUCUCAGGGCCUGGCUGACACAGAGGUGCAGCAGGGGGAGACUGCCACGCUGUCCUGUACCCUCGCUCGCGACCUGGGACCCGGCACCUGGUUGAAGGACGGUGUCAAGCUCACUGCCCAGGAUGGGAUCGUCUUUGAGCAAGAUGGGCUUGUGCACAGACUCCUCCUCGCCCACGUGCAGGGGACCCAGGCCGGGAAGUACACCUUUGUCGCCGGCGAUGAACAGAGUGAGGCCACCCUGACAGUCCAGGAUCCUCCCACCAUCGCUCGGGGUGUGACAGAGAAGCUGAAGGAGCCACUGCUAGUCAAGGCUGGGAAGCCGGUGGCUGUCAAGAUCCCCUUCCAGAGCCGCCUCCCAGUCCAGGCUGCCUGGAGGAAGGAUGGGGCCGAGGUGGUGGGCAUGGGUCGGAGGGGAGCGCAAGUGACCCUGGGGGAUGGCUUUACCCGGCUGUGCCUCCCCAGCGCGGGCCGGAUGGACAGUGGCCAGUACGGCGUGACGCUGAGGAGCAAGGGCGGCUCUGUACAGGCGGAGUUCAUCCUGCAGGUCACAGACAAGCCUCAGCCCCCACAAGGCCCCCUGGAGGUGCAGCAUGACCAGGGUGCUGGUGUCCGCCUCUCCUGGCGGCCCCCCCGGGAUGACGGGGGCUGCGCCGUGGAUGGCUACGUGGUGGAGAGGCAGCAGGUCGGGCGGAGCACCUGGCUGGCAGUGGCCGAGCUCCCCGCCCACAGCACCUCCUUCACCGACACCCGCGUGGAGCAGGGCAGAAAGUACGCCUUCCGAGUGCGGGCUGUGAGCUCAGAGGGACCUGGGGAGGCCCUGGAGUCUGAGGAGGUGUUGGUGGCUCCCGAUGCUGUCCCAGGGCCUCCCUCCACUCCAGCCAUCCUGUCAGCCUCCAGCCAGAGCAUCACUCUCACCUGGAUAGCUCCUCGGGGCCCGGGCAGCGCCCACAUCCUGGGCUACCUGGUUGAGAAACGCAAGAAGGGGAGCGGCACGUGGACGGCAGUGAAUGACCAGCCCAUGCCUGAAAGGAAGUGCACAGUGACAGACCUGCGGCAGGGCUGCCAGUAUGAGUUCCGGGUCACAGCCGUGGCUCCUGCAGGUCCUGGAGAGCCUGGUCCUCCAUCGGAUGCUGUCUUUGCUCGGGACCCCAUGAGACCGCCAGGGCCUGUGCGGGAUCUCCAGGUCAUAGACACAUCGAAUACCAGUAUCACCUUGAGCUGGGUGGGGCCAGACACUACGGAUGGAGACCGAGCUCAGGGAUAUGUGGUAGAGCUGUGUGUCUCUGACAGUCUCCAGUGGAGCCCAUGCCACGCAGGCACUGUGCCAGGCCCCACCUUCACGGCCAAGGGGCUCCGGCCCCAAGAGAGCUAUUUCAUGCGUGUGACAGCAGUUAAUGAUGGGGGCUGCAGCCAGCCCACAGCCCUGGACACACUAGUGCACGCCAUGCCUGUUACUGUCUGCCCCAGGUUCCUCCUGGAUGCUAGCACAAAGGACUCACUAACCUUCAAAGCUGGGGACACCAUUCGAGUUCCUGUUUCUUUCGAAGCUGCCCCCAUGCCUGAGGUGAGCUGGCUGAAGGACGGCCUGCCCUUACCCAAAAGAAGCGUGACCACUAGCAAGGAUGGCCUCACCCAGCUUCUGAUUCCCGCAGCCAGCCCCUCGGACAGCGGCCGCUACACGGUGGUGCUGCGCAGCCUUCAGGGGAAGGAGGUUGUCUAUAGCUUCUUCAUCAGGGUGGCAGCAUGUCCUCAGGCCCCGGGGCCCAUCUACCUGCAGGAGAACGUGCCCGGGACAGUGACAGUGCAGUGGGAGCCAUCUCCGGACGAGGCCCGGGACGCACCCUUGCACUACACAGUGCUGGUGCGCUCCUCCACCCACAGCGCCUGGCGGGAGGUGGCUGACCGGGUCCACACUAACCACUUCACUCUCCUGGGAGUCCUUCCGGGUCACGAGUACCACUUCCGGGUGAUAGCCAAGAAUGACCUGGGGGCCAGCCUACCCUCAGACACCAGCCAGCCCUGGUUCCUCUCCCGGCAGCGAGACAAGUUCACCGUGAAGGCUCCGAGCUACCGCGAACCCGACUUGAACCAGAAGCCUAGGUUCCUGGUGGGUCUGCGGCCCCACCUGCUACCUCCAGGCUGUGAGUGCCGCAUGACCUGUGCCGUGCAGGGGACCCCCCGGCCUCGGGUCACCUGGUUCAAGAAUGGCCAGAGCCUGGACGGAAACCGUGCGCUGUACAGCACUGACAUGCUGGGCGUGUGCUCCCUCAUCAUCCCCAGCGUCUCCCCGGAGGACAGUGGCAGGUACAAGGCUGUGGCGGAGAACCCGUUGGGCCAGGCUGUCAGCACCGCCACCCUCAUUGUCACAGGCCCUUGCUCCCUGUCCCGUCCUUCUGCCAGCCCUGCCCUUCAGUGCCUUCCAGAGCAGCUGGAUGCCCCUGUGGCCCUGCAGCCUGAUGCCAAUGGUCAUACCAGAAGUAAGACAGAAUCUGGUCCAUUCCUGGCCUGCUACACUGAGGGCAGCGAGGAUCCAGGGUUGUGA